UGACGCAGCGUUCAGCCAAUGACAACACGAGUCUUCUUGCUAGGGUCCGGCCCUCCCGCGGGCGCCUUGCCAACUCGCAGAAAGUGCCACGACUCCAGACUGAGCGGCUGUUCCGAGUCAGUGAAAAAACGUCGGACUUCGGAAACGGGAUCAUCGGUGGAACAGGACUGAGCAAAGAUGGACGUGUACGACCCUCAGACCCUCGGCAUCAUGGUGUUUGGUGGCUUCAUGGUAGUUUCGGCUAUCGGAAUAGCCCUGGUCUCCACUCUUUCCAUGAAAGAGACCUCUUACGAGGAAGCCCUGGCUAAGCAGCGCCGUGAUUUAGCCAAGACUCAACCCCAACGUGUGGACAAGAAGAAGAAGGCAGCAGAGAAGAAAAGCAAAGCCAAGAAGAAGGAGGAGAAGCCAAAUGGGAAGCUUCCUGAACAGGAGGCACAGCAUGACUCUGGUAAUGAACCCGCUUCAGAAACGAGUGAACCAGAGCCUGAAUCUGAACCUGAGGUCCCUGCUGUGCCUGCGGCUGCUCCUGUACCAGUUGCCUCAGUUGUUCCAGUGAUCCCAGAGCCCAAAGUUGAAGUGGCUGUGACGAAGCCUGUAGUAGCAGCAGCCCCGCUCGCUCAUUCCCCAAAAGAUAAGAAAAAGAGGAAGGUAGCCAAGGUGGAGCCAGCCCCUGCUAAACCUGUAGAAAUUAUCCCAGAGACCAUCACCAAAGACCUGACCCCUAAGAAUGCCAAGGAUUCCACCCCUAAGGACUCAGCUGCCAAGAUUGCCAAGGAACAUGUUGCUAAAGUUGUAAAAGAACCAGCUGCCAAGGCCACUAAGGUUGCCAAGGAAGCAGCUCCAAAGGUUGCCAAGGAAGCAGCUCCAAAGGUUGCCAAGGAAGCAGCUCCAAAGGUUGCCAAGGAAGCAGCUCCAAAGGUUGCCAAGGAAGCAGCUCCAAAGGUUGCCAAGGAAGCAGCUCCUAAGGUUGCCAAAGAAGCAGCUCCUAAGGUUGCCAAGGAAGCAUCUCCUAAGGUUGCCAAGGAAGCAGCUCCUAAGGUUGCCAAGGAAGCAUCUCCUAAGGUUGCUAAGGAACCUGUUGUUAAGGAAGCAUCUCCUAAGGCUCCUAAAGAAGCAUCUCCUAAGGUUGCCAAGGUACCUGUUUCUAAGGAAGCAGUGCCUAAGGCUGCCAAGGAAACUGUUGCUAAGGAAGCAGCUCCUAAGGUUGCCAAAGAACCAUCUGCCAAGGGGGCAAAGGAAACCAUCACUAAAGAACAAGCCACGAAAGGAGCUAAGGAACCAAGUGCCAAGGGAACCCAGGAACCUGCCACCAAGCAACAGGGUGGUAAAGCUACUAAAGAACCUGCUGCUAAGGAAUCGGCCACUAAAUCUGCCAAGGAUCCUGCUUCCAAGGAACAAGCCGCAAAGGCUCACGUUAAAGAAUCGGCUGCUAAAUCUGCGAAAGAAUUGAACGUUAAAACUGGUAAGGAACCAACUCCAAAGGGCGUCAAACAGCCAGCUGUUGCUGUGGUAGCCGAGGUUGCCCCGGUGACGAUCGUUGCACCCAAAGCCGAGCCGCCCAAACCGGAAGCCUCUUCCAAGAAGAAGUCAAAAAAGAAGGCAGAGCCAGCAGCUGCCCUGGAUGUUGCAGAUGUGCCCCUGCUGCUGCCGUUUAAAACUCUGGUCUCCACCCUGAGCAGCUCCAGUUUUAGCGACUCGGAGACGCAGAAGCUUUUGGAGAUCAUCAGUGACAAGGCGGGAGCCGACACCUGGCAGCUGGCAUCUCAGAAGGGUGACCCCUUGGCGGCUCUGAAGAAGCAGCUGGAGGAGAAAGACAAGCUCCUGUCUGCUGAGCAGGAGAACGGCGCGGCAUCCAAGACACGCAUACGCGAGCUCACUAAGGAGCUGAACACCGAGAAGAGCAAGACGGCUUCGGUGGAAACUCGACUGAGCUCCGAGCUGAGCGCUCGCCAGCAGGAGAUCACCGCGCUGCACGCCCGCAUGAAGGCUUCCUACGAUGAGCACACGCUCCAGACACAGAAGCUCAACAGCAAGAUCCAGAGCCUGCAGGAUCAACUGGAGAACGGCCCCGCUGCCCAGCUGGCCCGUCUGCAGCAAGAAAACACCAUCCUGAGAGACGCUCUGAACCAAGCCUCCAGCCUCGCUGAGAGCAUGCAAAACACUGAGCUGGUAAAGCUGCGGCAGGACGUAGUGCGUUUGAAUCGGGAGCUGAGUGAACGCACAGACGCCCAACACGGCGACGAGGAGCGUCGGAAAGCGCUGGAAUCCAAAAUGGCUGCCACUGAGGAGCAGCUGGCCCAGGUCAAGGCAGGGCGCGCAGAGGCUGAGCAGGCUUUGCAGCAGGCGUUGGAGAAGGUCAAAGCCGAGUUGUGUCAGGCGCAGAACAACAGCUCCACCCUGCAGGCCCAGCUGCAGCAAGCACAGCAGGACGGCAACCAGCUCAGCGAGCUGCAAGAGCGUGUACGUACCACAGAGGUGGAGCUGAAGGACAGGUGUGCAGAGGUGCAGGCUUUAAAAUCUCAACUCACUCAGCUGCAGCAGGAUGCACAGGAACAAGUCCUCGUGGAAGUGCAGGCCCCGCUACAGGCUACAGCACCACAGGUGGAGAACUCUGAGGAACUGGAUCAGCUGAAGCACAGUAUAACGGAGAAGGAGGACUUGGUAACAUCUCUACAAGGACAACUAGAGAAGAUGAAAACAAGUGCAGUGGAGACUGAGAGCUUGGUUCAGCAGCUGCAGGGCAGUCUUACACAGCGAGAGAGCAAGGUCUCGGCGGCGGAGGAGGAGCUGAAGCAGCUGAGGGAACAGAUGGAGCAGCAGAAAUCUACGACGGAGAGCUCGGUGCAGCAGCUUGCAGACCGAGAGAAACAAGUCUCAGCACUGGAGGAGGAGAUGAAGCAGCUGAGGGAACAGAUAAAGCAGCAGAACGAGGCGGCGGAGGCGGCGGAAGCAGAGCAGCCCUUUGAGAACUUGGAGAAAGACGCUCGUCUGAUAACUCUGGAGGAGGAGCUCCAGCAGCUGAGGGGGCAUUUGGAGCAGGCCAAGGCCGAGAGCAAGGAGCUUCAGGAGAAGAAUCGUGCUGCCGCUGAGUCUCUGGCUGCAGCCGAGCGACUGAGUCAAGAGAGACUGACCCAAGCAACAACUGCUCAGAAUGAAGUCAAACAGAAGCUCGACGCUCUCCAGGCGGAAACCAAGACCGCGCUCCAAACCCUCUUUCCUCACAUCACUAUAGAAACAGAACAGAGUAACUGGUUGGAGGCGUUCACACUCGGAGCACAGGAGACAUUCGCGCACUGUCAGCAGGAUGCAUCUGAAGGAAAAGACUCAGCACUAACAGACGCUUUACAGAAGUUAAAGGAAGCUGAGGAGAGACAGACAGCACUGCAGACGCAGUGUGAGCAGUACAGAGCCACUCUCAGUGAAACGGAGGGCAUACUGAAGGAUUUGCAGAACAGCGUGCAGGAUGGAGAAUCCGCAUGGAAGUACAAGCUGUCCGAAGUCGAGGAACAGCGGCAGGCGCUAAAAAGUCAGGUGAUGCUGCUAGAAGCACAGCUGGAGAAACAGCUGGAGUCCAUCAGCUUCAGCCAGAGCUGUGCUGAGGAGGUGGAGCAGCUAAAGACGUUGUUAACAUCCGCUCAGAGUCAGCUGGAGGCGGCCCAAUCAGACGCUCAGAAACAGCGUGCCGAGCUCUCAGUGGUCAGACAGCAACUGCAGGCGGUGACUGAGCAUGUGCAGAGCAAAGAGGACCCGCAACCCGGCCAGGUGCAGGCACAGCUGGAGCAAGCAAAUGUCCGACUGCAGACGGAGGCGAGCGUGCGCCAGGAGGUGGAGCAGAACUACGACCAGGCCCAGAAGUGUGUGAGCAACCUGGAGGCUCUGGUGGCGGAGAUGAAGGCAGCCGGAGAAGGAGCCACCACUGAGCUGAAGGAGAGGCUGGAAAAUGAGGUGAAGCUGACCCAGGAGCUCACUGAGACCUCUGCGACGCUUCAGCAGAAACUGAACAACACUCAGGAGGAGCUCACCAAAGAGAAGGAGGUGGUGAAGAGCCUGCAGGAACAGCUACAGGAGAAAGUGCAGCAGCAGGUGCUGUUCUCUUCCCAGUGACCUCUGUCUCUGUUAGGCUGCCAGUUCAUUGGAAGGAGAGGAGCUGAAGGAAGGAACUUCCGUGUGACGCCUCGGCAGGAAGGACGCGAAGCCGAACCACCAAAAAUGCCUUAAUUUUUUUUUUUUUUUUUUGUCUCUGUAAUCGUUCGUGUACUGUAUUAAGAGGAGCGCAAAGGGAGGGGAGUGACAUACCCGGGGUCCAAACACAAAGUUUAUCGACUGAUUUAUAUUUUUAGUAGAAUCCUUUAAGAAUUUUUUUUUUCCCCCCACCCACCCACCCACGUCCAAGACUCUUCACAUUCCUCCGACUGUCAGUGUUAUACGAAGAAAGGGCAAAGUGCAUGUGCGUCAGACGCACAACCCCGUGCAAUCACUCGCAAAGACUGUCCUUCACGUGGAAGUGAAGAGAAGGAACAUUUCACGUUACAGCAAUGCAACACAGCCCUUUACGCUGCUUGUAGUCGGCUGCUGACCAAAUGUGAUUUAAAAAAAAAAAAAAAUGAAAAUAAACAUUUAAGAGAUUA